CAGGUCGGUGAGCUGGAGCACGUCGAGGAAGCGAGAGUCGAGACGCUGUGCGUCGGCGAGGAGGUUGCUCGCAACGCGGUCUCCGCGCUCAAGAAGGCACAUCCGUAUGAGGAACCUGCAUAUGAGGUGUAUAAGCUGGAGGACUUUUGAGCCAGCGGCGUGACAAAAAGUCCAGAGAGCAUGGGCCAUCAUUGAAAUGGAGCCGUCCUGGGCCAGAAAUGGCCAUGAUUUAUGCGCAACCUGACGUGAUUACCACAUGCAACAAGGUCCAAAGAACGCCGUUCUCUUUUUUUUGUUUACGAUUUCUUUUUUGGGGGGGUUCCCUCUGCUUGCUUCAUCUAGUGCUGUUCUCCGCAGUUUCUCGAGGUCAUCCUGGAGCCGCGUCCUUAUCAGUAGCUGUCGACGACAACGAUGACGACGACGACGCGAUUUCCGAAAAGAGAAGCGAGCAAAGUCUGAUGGUGAUUGACUCCGAUAUUAGGCUAGAGAUCAUCGGAACCAGCCGCAUCCAGACCGCCGCUCAUUCGUUGCUUCAAGCCACGGACAUGGUGAUGAUCAACUCGAGCAAAUUGGGACGGCGCGGCCAAGACCUCAAAGAGAUCAAUGCGCCGGCUGGACAUUGUUCCGCCAGGGCCGCUGCCGAGCGGACAGCGCACCUCAUCGGCCCCAAUCCGUCGCCUUUCUUUGCCGCUCGUUCCCUCCCGCUAAGUUGGGAGUGUUUGGGGAAGAAAGGGGGAAAAAAAGUAACAGGAAAAAAAAAAAAAAAAAAGAACAAAAAGAACCACAUCAGUGCUACCUCCAGUACAUUGUAUCAUGAGUGGUUGCGCGGGCUGCAGCAUCUAGGCACUGUUGCAAUUGAAGCUGUCACACCGCGGUCAGCGACCGGCAGUCCCGGGCCACAUUUCGACAUGGCGUCGCCGUCGUUGUUCUCGUCGUCGCACACCCUCAACGCCUUACCAAUAGAGCUACUUGUUUUUGUCAUCAACGACCUGGAUCGCGUCGAGGAUAUCGCGGCCCUCGCGCUCACUAAUCGGCGACUCUACGGCAUCGCGAACCCGCUCCUUUACAAGCGCGCAGCCCUGUGCUGCGACGGACGGCCAGUAGCAUGGGCCGCAAACCACGGCUUGGUGUCGACGCUGCGAAUGGCGCUGGCCGCCGGCUGCGAUCCCAACCAAGGGUUCAGUGAAGAGGUGCCCGCGGAGGAGUGGAAGAGAGCCGCCGCCGCCGCCCGGGCCGAUGCCGUCGCGGGCAGACCCAAGGCGCGAUGGGCCACGUGGGACUGGGGGAAGGGACCGACCAUCAGCCGUAUUCCAUGGUCUCCCGGCCCCGGCGCCGAGAUCGACCAUGCCGAUACCCCCUCCAGCAUAUCCACUGUCGGCCCCUCGACACAGGCCCCGAGUUCUUCGGACCUCGACUCGGUGGUCUCGUCCGAGGAUGACCAAGAUCUGUCGCAGCCAAGUGAUGCGUCCUCCGUCACAGAGCCGUCACCAUCACCAACCCCGGACACGGUGGAACGCUCGUACAAUGCGGUCCACCUCGCCGCCCGUGGCGGCCACAACGAAGUCCUCAGGAUCCUCUUGUCCAAGGGGGCCGCGGUCAACGUCGGGUCCCGCCACUUUUGCGCAUGCACCCCGCAAUACGGCCUGCUGAACGCGCUGGAGAGUCCCGACCCCGACGCCGACGAUCCCAGGUGGACACCCCUCCACGUCGCCAUCUGCCACUCGCAUACCGACACCGCCAAGCUGCUCCUCUCGAGCGGCGCAUCCAUCAAGAUGGAGGCGACAAGCGACGGGACGAUCUCCGGACCGGGAGACUCGGUGGAUAUGCCAGGUGCCGACGGCUACGGGUCGACGGCACUGCACCAUGCCGCGGGCAUGGGCCUGACCGAUCUGGUGCGCCACAUCCUCGACAACAAGAUCCAGACCGACGUCGACGCCAAGGACGACCGCACCACCACGCCCUUCUACCACGCCUACGCCAACCGCCGCUGGGACAGCACCGUGCCCCUCCUCCUGGAGCGCGGCGCCGACAUCCACUGCGAGACCAAGAUGUACAUCCCCUACACGGCCAUCACCCCUCUCGGCGAGGCCUGCCGGCUCGGCCACUUCGACGUCGCCGACCGGCUGCUCGACCUCGGCGCGGACCCCCGGCGCGGGUUCAUCGCCCUCAUGAAGGGCGGCUGCCUCACGCCCCUGCACAUGUGCUGCAUGCGCUCGGCGCAGCCGGUGGGCGAGCCGGCCGAGAAAGGCGACGACGACGAGACGCGGGGCCGCGCGCGCAUGCACACGAUCCAUAAGCUGAUCGCCAAGGGCGCCGCGCUCGACGCGCGCGACUGCUUCGGGGACACGCCGCAGUCGGCGGCGGAGAAGGCGCGCAACACGUUUGCGCUCGAGGCCCUCGCGCGGCUGAACAUUUCGGGUGGUGCGGAUUUGGAGGAGAAGGAGAGCCAGCAGAUAAGAGCUGGCCGGGAUGCUGCUGCCGGGUCAAAACCGGCCCGCGCAGAAACGCCCGCGACGGCUGCUCCAUCGGCUGCUGCUUCGGGCCCAUAGGUUGUCUUGCCCUGGUAUAUGCGGAAAUAGUGUCCACAACCAACCAAACUAUAUAGUGCAGCUUGUC